AUGGCGCCCCCGCGCACUACCCCCCUCAAGGAAGCCCGCUCCUGCAUCACCCUCUUCACCCACUCCCGCUCCACCCGCUGGCCCUCCCGCACCGGCCUCGCAACCGACAUCCUCCUCUUCCUCUCCAUCCUCUUCGCCGUCGCGCAACUCGGCUUGUGCGUCGCCAUGGCCCACCGUCUACUCGCCUCCCCCCAAAGCGAAGUCGAAUGCUUGAAUGUGGAUGCCGGUAGCGACUUUGACUUCACCAAGUAUGGGAUAUACGGGGAUACGUAUGGGAUUGUGUUGACUGAGGUCGUGAAGACGUUGCCGGUACUCACGAUCAUAGCAAUCCUGAUCUUCAACCCGCUCCUCCUAGUCGUCGAUCUCCUCCUCCUCCUUCGGAGCCACUACCGCUCCGCACGCAUCUCCAACCGAGCUGGCAUGCUCUGGUCUACCUGUCUCGCCGUCUACUUCGUGCUGGUCGCUUUGGGCACGGUUUGGAUGAACACUUUCCCCAGUAGCAAGGUCGAUUAUAGUUUGAGCCACAGUGUGACUCACACUAAGGAUUCGUGUUGGCAAUACGAUAAGACGAUGUAUACGUUGGAUAGGUGGAGUAGAUGGGCAAAGGGAAUUGAACGGGGUUGUGAGGUUUUGGGCAUGUUGGGAGCGGUUUGCAUGGCUAUCUACUUCGGCUUCGCGCUCGCUGCCGCAUACAUCAACCGCAAGACCGAUGCGCAACAGUCGAUGCGACUAGACGAUCUCAGCGGCGCUUCUUCUCUUACCCCCGCCCAACAAAACCUUCGCGACUUCCCUUCUUCGAGUCUCGGUGCGAAUGCUACGCCCGUUCCGUUGAACAACUUCGGUCUCACGUUCAUAGACGGUACUCCCAACCCCAGCAGUCAGCAGCCCAAGAUCGCGACGUCGCAAGGAUCGCCUGAGGACCUGGAAGCGCAUGCAAACCCGUUCACGGAUCCGGCGAAUCUGCUCAGGGAGGGAGAUGUUGUGCCGCCAGAGCCGGCAAGACAAUGGAGGUAG